GUUAUCAUUAUUUAUAGGUCGAAUGAAGCUAGAUAUAAUCAUCCAGACUUAUGGCCUUCGGCAAAUUUCCCAACCCCUUGGCCUAAUACUUUAAGUCCUGAAACCUUAAUAGAUAAAUUAAACGAGGGACUAGUCACAAGGAAUCCUACUUAUGGAUACGUUUCACAAGUCAUUUUGACCCCUACAGUUUGGUUCGUUUGCAGGUACUUGUUAGGAAAUUUAAAAUCAAAAUGUGUUUUACCACUGGACAAAUAUAAAUUCAACUGGAUAAACCUACAAAAGCCAGGCCCGAGCGGCGUUAAUAUAAUAAUAUCCGAUUUUGUUGAAUUACAAGAGUAUCAGUUCUGUAAGGAUGUAAUUAAUCUAAAUUUAAAAUUACUGAAGGAAAGUAUUAUAGGUAAUCAGACCGAUAGUCAUAAUGUAAUUAACUAAUUCUCGGCCAGUAAAUUUGUACAAAAAUACUUAUAUGUCUGUAAAGUUUCUGUUGGUUAAUUUUUUAAAUAAUACGAAUUUUAGUAACAUCUAAGUCGUACUUUAGUGUUUUAUAGAUAGACUUAGCAAUUAAUUAUUGAUAUUGUAAGUGGUAAUGCCUAAUGUCUAAUUUUUAAGCUCAAAUAUAAACUCUGCCACUAUAUCUACUUUUUACCCCAUACUAUUAUGUAAUCUGUUUAUCGUAUCUGUGAUUAUUAUAUUUAUUUUAGUGAAUUCGAUAAUAAAUAUUUUAUUACUUUUAUAUUUUAUUAAGGAUGUAGGAUUUUAGUUGUGUUGGAUGAGUGCAAGAAUUUAAACAGAAUAGUUAGCAGUACGUUAUAGCGUUGCCACUUUUCCUCUUUGAAGGAUGUUAAAACUGACACAUGUCAAUAUUUUAGGUUAAGAUUAAUUGACAUAUGUCAAAAAAAUAUAUAAACGAUUUGGCAACAGUGUUUGUCGCCAUUUUGUUUAUAUGCAAGUAACGUCAAAUUAAAUACGCCCUAUAUCCUUAUCCUGGAACGGGAUAAGUCCUUUAUAUUUUUAUAAAAUAUUGUAUUAUUAUUCAUUUAACAAAUCAU